AUGGACGGUCGUAGUUUCCGCGCCCCCAUCACCAACCACAUCGUCAUCCCGAGUAACACGUGGACCAUCGUGCAGAACAGCCCCAUCCACGACGCAUGGUUCAUACGACACCUGCGGUGCACGCGAGGCACGUACCAGCGCAUCUGCCAAAACAUCGAAGUUGCGUGGCAGCGCGUACACCCUCCUCUUCACCACCACAAUACGAUGAGCGUUAACGACCGCGUUGCAUGCACCCUCCACUAUCUCACUCACUCAGACGGAUAUGAGUCAACGGCCGCACUUUUCGGCAUUUCCAAGACGCGAGCGUAUGAGUACUGCAACCAAGUUGCUUUGGUUAUUCAACUUUGCUACGUGUUGGAAACCAUCGUGUUGCCGUCGUCGCGCGAGGAGUGGGAGGUUGUUCGCGUGGGAUUCGAAGAACACGGCUUCCCAAAUGCAUAUGGUGCUAUUGAUGGGAGCCUCAUUCAAAUCAAGCGAUUUGAAGACUUUUAUGGCUGGUAUUGCCGUAAGGGUUUUCCGGCUUUUAACAUGCAAGACGUUGUCGACCACCGCAUGAGAUUUAUGUCGUACUCGCUGCGUUCAGGAAGCCAGAACGACAAAGCCAUGUUCAACGAAUCGUUAUUUGGGCAAACGUGUCACACAAGAGUUCCCCCCGGAGGCUGUUUUCUUGGUGACGCUGGCUACAAGCUUUUCACGCACGUAAUGACCCCGUAUUCGAUCGUCUCGAGCAUGGCUACAGACGAAGCCAACUAUAACUGGAUCCACAGCCGUAGCCGCAUGGUUGUUGAGCGCGCUUUUGGCCGUUGGAAAAACAAAUUUCGCAUUUUCAAGCAUGAAUUGUUGCACCACUGCCCCCACGACAUGGCAAGAUUGAUUGAAGUUACGUUGGUCUUGCAUAAUUGGUACAUUGACUACGACAACGAGGCUGUGGCUCCAACACAGCCUGAGACGUACCCCGGGUGGAUGCAUAUCGGCGGUGACAUUGUAGAUGAUGACGAGUUAUUCCAAGUAGAUGGUGCUGCAGCGGAGCGCGCUCGAGACACAAUUAAAAACCAUCUCUAUGCUUUAUUGUAG